UUGUUGUUGUCAGGCGCAAAAUUUUUGUCUCAAUCGAUUUUUUUUUUUUGUGAUAUAUUUUAGGCAAUUCGAAGUUGAAGCAUUUAACACACUGCAACAAAAAGCGAACAACGAAAAUGGAGACUUUGCUGGAUGAGGAAUUGGAGUCGCUGGAAGCGAUUCUCAUGGACGAUGUGCGUAUAAUGCGCAGCGACAGUGGUGCUGUGGAUGUGAUUGAGACGACGGUGCUGCCGCUGACCGGCGAGGAGGAUGAGCAGCGAUAUAUUUGUGUGACUCUCCAAGUGCUGCCACCGCCUGGUUACCCGGAUGUGAGUCCCACAUUCAAAUUGCUGCGUCCACGUGGAUUGGACGAUGUCCGUCUCGAGGCCAUACGCAGUGCAUGCAAUGCCAAGAUCAAGUCAUCAAUUGGAUUCCCCGUCGUCUUCGAUCUGAUCGAAGUGGUGCGCGAACAUUUAACGGGCAGCAAUCUGCCCAGUGGCCAGUGCGUGAUCUGUCUGUACGGAUUUAGUGAGGGGGAUGAGUUCACGCGCACCGAGUGCUAUCAUUAUUUGCACAGCUAUUGCCUGGCAAGGCAUUUGAAUGCGCUGCGUCGCAGCUACCAGGAGGAGUACGACAAGUUGCCCGGCUGGCUACAGAAAACAGCGGAUGCUUUCCAGGCUCUGUGUCCCGUUUGUCGGGAGCAUAUCUGCGAUGAAUCGGACAGUCUGAAGUGCGCCAUGCCCCCAUCGGAGCUGGAGAAUGCACCCGAUUUCCAGGUCACACAGGAGCUGCGACAAAUGCAGCAGAGGAUGUCUGAAUUGUAUCUACAGCAGAAGAGUCGCGGCGCCAUCAUCGAUGCCGAGGCGGAAGCUGGCCAUGUGAUUGCCAUCGAGACCGAGGAGGAUGUGCGUCGGCGACGACGUCGCGAGGAGGCAGAUGCUGCUCGGAAACAAGAGCCAGGGGCGAGCAGCUCAAGCAAUCAACUGACAAAGCCACAAGCAGUGAGCACAUUUGCGCCAGUCGUGCAGGAGACGCAACGCAUCCUGCCCGAGCCCACCAACAACAACUAUCAGCAUCACAAUCGAAGGCAUUAUCGAGGCGGGCGACGUCAUCAUCAUCAUCACAGCAAUCACCAUCAUCAUCAACGUGGGGAACGAGCAGCAGAAGCGCACAGCUCAACUGGGGGAGGAGGAGGAACUGGCACAGGAGGUGGAGCUGGGGCAGGAGGAACAGCUGCAACUGGGAGUGGAGCAGCUGGCUCUGGCGCGGGAAAACAGCCAAAGGGACAAACUGCCAAUAGCAAUCAUGCCAGGUGACACUGGCGCAGCACCAGGCUGCUGCGGCUAACACUUCCAAUUAACAACCACAAAAAGAACUACAAAAAUAACAUUAAUAAAAACGCAGCCCUGACGCUAACAAUGCCAACAAUGCCCAAGCUUCCUUGCCUGCUGCUCCCACAGCUACUGCCUCUGCCCUGCUGCUAAUAUACAACAAAAAAAAAGACAAAAACAACACACAAAAAAACAGAUGAACUCAACUCCAACUCUGGAAAACCCGAUCCUCAAUUUUAGUUUCAUUUAUUAUUAUUUUUUGUUUGUGCAACACUCGAUUUCUGUGAAUUUUGUGAUUCGAUUGAUAUUUCUUUAGUUUAGCUUUAGAGUGAAUCGGGUUUUAGCGAAUUUUUCAACGAAUACAGUGCAGUUCACAAGCUUAGACACACUUGGACAUUUAAAUUUUACUUUCUUCUUUCAUAAAUAAUUCAGUUACCGUUUUAGUUAGUUUAAAUUUAGUUAGUUUAAAUUUAUAAAAUUAAACAACUUUUUAGUUUAAAUUUAUACAUUUAAGCAUUUUGUUUCGUUUAAAUUUAUGCUUGAUUGCUUGUGAAUUGCACUGUAUAUUGUAUAAGUAAUAAUAAUCUAUGUAUGUUAGCCUUAUGUUUAUUAUUAUUAUUAUUAUUAUUAUUGUGUAACGAUGAUGUAACUAUUUUUGUAUUUGUAAUGGCAUACAAAAGACUUGUGGCAAAUGAAUUGCCGGCGAUAUUAUUGGUUAGGCGAA